AUGAGAUGGUUUCACAGUUUUCUGCUGGUAAUUGGUCUUGUUUUACUGGUCUCAGUUCAACACUCAGAUGGUACGGCUGUUGAAAGCGGAGCAGAUUCACCAGAUCCACAGACCAAUCUUGGGUUAUGUAGCUGUUGUAAGAAUGAGGAGAUAUGGAAGAGUGUCGCAUACAUGAAAACCUUGAUCACGUGGCUACGAUCCAAAAUGGCGGAUGCUGGUAACGAAGCAGUGCACUAUCAGAAAUUGGACUAUCUGAAGAGUUUUGAGUAUAAAUUUUUGGUUUUUAAAUCAAAAUAUGAUCCCGAACCCGAACCGGAAAUAGACUGGCCAUGGUAG